AUGGGACCAUGCUUGUCUUAUGGUCAAAAUGGCUAUGUUUUUGGAUUAGAUUCAGGUCCUGUUACACAUACACAAUUUUUACAAGAAAAUUAUUCAUCAGAUAAUUUUGCGAAGAAGGCUAUUGUAUUUCAAAUUAUUGAUUUAUAUGGCAACUUUUCAAAUGUUUGUGCUGUCUUUGCUCUUCCAAAUUCCAAUAUGUUCUCUUUUAUUAUGGACAAGGUUAGAGAAAUAGAUCAAAAAUGGUCGGUUCAUGAAAAAUUUUGUAUAAUUGGUUCUGUCACGGAUGGUGAGUUUGAACCAGCUACAGUAGAGAAUUUUUUGAACAACAAUAAUGAGCGCAAACAAUGGACUCAUUGUGAAGAUUACAUUCACAUUCUCAAGCGAUUAAGAAAUUUAUUAAUUGACAGCAGUCAUGCAAUAUCUAUGAUGGGUUUGAUUUAUCUGACUUCCAAGUACGACAAUCUUAAUAGAAAGUUAAGGAGAUCAGAUUUAAUCGUCAAAGAUGAAAUGAAUGUAGAAAGUUGUUUGAAUCUCACUAAGGAGGAUGUAUUGCAAGCAUUACAAACAAUUAGAUCUAACUUAAAAGAAUAA